UCCAGAUUCCACGACGAAACAGCAGCCGUCGCCGGUCUUCUUUCUUCGCUCCCUUGUUCCACGGACGCAGCUCUGCCGCCGUCGUAGAUUGCUCGCCGCCGGCCAGAGACUGCGGACUGCGCUACCACAGCGUGCUCCUCUUGGGCGCCGGUCUGGUCCCCUGCCCUCCUCCAUCCUCUUCUUGUCUUCAACUCUCGCUUCCCCAUCGGUGACUCGCGCGUCUCAGCUACAGCAUGAGACGACCUACAAGGGAGAGCUCAACAAGGGUGUGUGUGGUAGUGCGGGAAUUCGAUGGAUGCGUGGACCACACUCGGCCUUGCCUCCCCACGGCGAGAUGUGCAAUGAAGCAGGUGUUCGCAGUUGCUUCCUGCCGUGCGAUUCUAGCCUGGAUUGCUCCAUCAGAUCACAGGUUCUCAUGUCUUUGGCUCUUCGUAAACUUAAGUCUGCGUAAGAUGUGUUAGUUCUUGAGCUCUUAACCUACCAUGUUUGCUUUCUGCACUUGUUUCUGUUUCUAGUAAUGUGAUGAUAUGAGAAUUCUGCUCUCUCGGGACUUGUAGCCUCUUGUUGCGAUCGUGGAAUGGAACACAACAGAAACGAAGGCCCAGCCAGUCCAGCAAGCAAGUCCGGCCCGCUCCGGACUCGGACUCGGACCCCGACCCUGAUCCAGCCCUCUCUCUUCUUCUUCUUACUGGAAGAGAAGAGAAGAGAACGAACGGCCGGGCCGAGAAGGGCGGGCCACGGUUAAGAAGAACUCGUACCCCGACCCGCCGCCGCCUCUCUUUCUAGGGUUCCCCGCAGCAAAAGGGGAGGAAAGAAACGAGAAUCCCCAAAUCCGUGAUCUCGGCCAGCCGGGGAUGUUGACGAGCAGCGCAAGUAGAAGAGGGAUAGACUGCCGGCCGGCCGGCCGGGCGCCGCAAGACAAUCCUGGGAUAGGCAACAUGCCGAGCAGCAGCAGCAGCAGGAGUCGAGGAAGAGGAGUAGGCGAGGGGAAGCGGAACAGGCCGGAUGGGCGCUCCCCCCGUCCGGACCACCCUUAUGAAUACAUCAUGCUCCCCGGGCUCGGUCGCUUCGACAUCCCCGAAGGGGACGACAAGGAGGAGUGGAUCCAAUUCUUCGACCAAGCCACUCGAGCCACCCGGGAGGUCAUCGCUCGCCACGGCGACGGCCGCCCGGCUGACGGCAUCAACCGCGCCUCCAUACUACCCAACAGCAGUCACCGCGACGGUUCCGUCUACAGCGGCGCCCGCGGUUGGCGUCAAGAUUACCGCAUCUCCGACCGCAACGAGACUCAAUUGCAGCCGAUGAUCCUCUCAAACCCGACCAAAUGCUACCCGGAUCAAGAAACUUGUAUCAUGCAUAGCGCGGAGCCAAUGAUGCAAAUCUUUUCUCUCAAAUUGGGUAAAAUUUCAGUGACUAGUGGCGGCCCAGUUCAGUUAUAUGGAUAUAUAGCAAUUCGAGACAAACGAGACCCAUUACGUAAUUAUGUCUUUAAUCGGAGUAGGGAUGAUCCCAUCAUGUUGGACCAGGGUUCACUUAUAGAGAUGACUGGGCCUAAGCGAGGUAUCGGGAUGCGCGGUGACGUCCUAAUAGAGUAUGACAUGAGGAUCAAGAAAGGAGAACAAGAAGAUGACCUGCAAUUGAUUGAUGGAGUGUCAGACUUCGAUGAGUUAACCACACCAAUAUGUAAACCAUUCUUGAGUCGUAUUGAUGGUGUUGGUGGUGCAGUUGACAUAACAUUAGCUAUGUUUCACCAAGGUGUGGAGGCAACGAUACAAGUGGACACAUCACAAGUGCAUGGGAAUGGUUUCAGUUUACUACUUAAUUCUUUUGUUAGUGGGCUAGAGAAAGAAAUCCAGCUUUUUCAUGGCGACGUUAGUCAGCUACCUGGAAGGUUUGUGGUUGCUGUAGUACUAGAUACUUGGAUGCAUUUGAAGUUCAAGUUUGGUGAUGAAAGAGGAAGCCUCACCCAUGAAUUUGAAUGUUGCGUUUCCUUCAAAGCAAAAAAGCAUGGAUGUGCCAGUCAACUAAUAAAGCUUGAUGAGGACUCAAUCAUGGUGGAAGUGACUUGGUCGACCUUUUGAAGUCUCCUAUCAACAUCUAUGGUGAAUGUUAUUACACCGGAGCUUCCAAAUUGUCUCUUUAGUAUAAUUAUUACAUUGUACCAGUUUUAUGUUCUGGUUGGUUACAUCGAAUGUAACCAACCUGCUGCCUAGAUAUUUUUGUGUUGGUAUAUUUGUUUAAUUCCCAUUAUAUCGAUGCCAAAGAAGCUUUUAGUGAAUAUAUAUAUAUAUAUCAAAAAUAAUUCUCGAUUGCAGAA